AUGGAAAGGAAACGCUACAACAGCGAGUUCCUCUUAAGUCUCCAGUUUGUCAGUGCCAGUGUGAUCAAACCCCAGAACCUGACAAAUAUGACUGAUGUAGUCCUGGACCAGGUGAACAAGACUCCACUGCCACCUGCUAAUGAAGCAUCAUUUAAUCCUGAUUUUACUUCCUCAUAUUCAAAUUCUGGGAGCAGCUCAGUGGGACCGGAUGAGAGUGAGGAACCUAAGAAAAACAUGAGCAUCAUGUCUGAAAAUAAUAACAUGAAAUUCCACAAGGCUGAGAGUGCAUGGAAGCCAGCAGUGAAGAAGUCCACUCACAAAGAAGAUGAUCAUGAAAAGGCCAAGACCCAGGAGCUGUUCAGGUGUGUGCGCUGUAUCCUCAACAAGUUGACCCCUCAGAAGUUCCAGAAACUGAUUGAAAAGAUGAGAGAGCUGAUGAUUGACACAGAGGAGAGGUUGAAGGGAGCCAUUGACCUCAUCUUUGAAAAAGCAAUCUCAGAACCUCACUUCUCUGUGACCUACGCCAAAAUGUGCCACUGCCUUAUGGAACUGAAAGUCCCCCCUUCUAGGACAUCAGGGGUUAAUGCAGACUUCCAUAAACUGUUGAUUAACCACUGUCAGAAAGAGUUUGAGAAGGACAAACGUGAUGAUGAGAUCUUGAUAAAGAAGCAAAGGGUGUUGGAAGCUUGCAAAAAUGAAGACAAGCAUCAGCACUUGAAGGAGGAGCUGGAAGAGGCCAGAGACAAGGCUCGUCGCCGCUCACUGGGAAAUGUGAAGUUUAUAGGCGAGCUCUUCCGAUUGAAGAUGCUGAAAGAGCCCAUCAUGCACGAGUGUGUAAAGAUACUACUAAAGAAACACGAUGAAGAGUCUCUGGAGUGUCUAUGUAAGCUGCUCUCCACCAUCGGGAAAGAUCUGGACCAUUUAAAGGCCAGGUCUCACGUAGAUAAGUAUUUUAACCAGAUUGGCAAGAUCAUCAAAGAAAGGAAGACCUCAUCCAGAAUCCGCUUCAAGCUGCUUGAUCUCAUGGACCUCAGGAAGAGUAACUGGGUGCCUCGAAGAGGAGACCAGGGUCCUAAAACAAUCGACCAAAUCCACCAGGAGGCAGAGAUGGAGGAGCACAGGGAGCAGAUCAAAGUCCAGCAGCAGCUCAUAUUCAAGAAAGAGGAAGGUGGAGGCAGAAUUUGUCGAGACAUGUGGUUCCGAGGCCUUCGCAGAGCAGGAAAUGACCGAGCCACACAGCCACAAGAUGGUAGACAGAACAUCAUGGACAAACCCAACAACACCUAUGUCAUGAAGAUCACAAAGCUCGGAGCUCUGGACUUUAACAAUCCACAGUUGGUUCAAAGAGGCAAACACAUGAAGGACGUUUGGACCAAAGGCUGCAGUGGAGGAACCAGAACUAAACCAGGAAGUAAAGAUCAUUCCUCUGUAAGGCAGCACUCUGAUUCCAUGUCUUCAACAGACUCAAGUGGUGAAUGUGGUGGAAACAGGGAUAAAAGCAAACACAAAAGGGAGCCAUUCAACCAAUCUCAUCACAGUGAAGGACAGGAAGACCAUGACGACAGAGAGUCACAGAAGCAAGGAGGGAGGAACCAGGUCUCACCUGAGCCUGGACACCAUGUUGUUCCCCAGCAACAGAGACAGAGGAGGCGGAGACGGAGAAAACAGAGACAAGAGUAA